UAGCUUCAAAAAUAACUUCGCCUAUAAACAACAAUCAUCUAUUUUUAGACGUGUACCAGAUUCCAUCCUCUCUUGUGGGGCUAAUCCACCCUAACACCUCGUUGGUUUGCUUGCCAUAACUAAACCUUUUUAUUUCUAAUCAACCAAUCCAAUUGACCCUUUCUCUCUGGUGGUGCCAGUCUAACCUGUCAUCCCCCCUCAUAACACAGCUGCUUUUUCUCCAGGCUCCUAAUCUCAUCCUAGAUAUCACGGCAAUCCAUUGAAGAAUUCGGAGUUUCUGAUCUCAUUGUGAAGCCACUUUCCUUUGUUAAAUUAAGGGGGGAUUCAACAUGUAAAUCAGGAGGCUUAGGGACUCGAUCUUGAUGGGGUGCAACAGAAGCUGGCACAUCUUUCCUCUGUUCUUGUUGUUAAUUUCACCUGUUCAUGGCUUAACAAGCUAUGACCCUGAGUCUUUAGAUGCGUUGAUUCACCAAUACGCAAUGAAGGCACAAGCAAAGAAACGUACAGGCACUUCAUUAAAAGUUCCUCUCCCUGCUAAUUUCUCUGGAAUGGAAGUCUCGGUUGUUAGGCUAAGAAGUGCUCAUUUCUGGGAAAGAGGAGCCAAUUUCACUUCUUUUUUUAUCCCGCCAAGGAUUAUUCCAUUCCCAUUUGUGAAGAGACUGUCUUUAGUAUAUCAAAACUUGGGAAAUUGGUCUACUCUUUAUUACAGGGUGCCUGAUUAUUCAUUAGUUGCUCCUGUUGUUGGCUUCAUGGCUUAUGAUGCUUCCAAUUUAAGUGCAUUGGGUAAUGAGGCACUCAAGUUUAACGUUCUGGGUGACCCCAUUUCGAUCAAGUUUCCUAACCUAAUAACAAAAGGUGAUCCUAAGAUAUUAAAAUGCGUCGAGCUUGGUCCAGAUGGAUUGGUCCACUUUAGGAACAUAACUAACGAAAAUACUUGCAUGACACAAGGUGAUGGUCAUUUUUCAGUUGCUGUUAAGAACUCUGAAGUAGAUAAGGAUAACAGAGUUUGGAUAUGGUGGGUGAGUGGAUUUGGAGCUGCUAUUCUUGCGUUUGUUUUGCUGGGUGUGAUUGGAUUCACCACUUUUAAACUAGUGAGGAGUGGGAGAUUCAGAGAAAUGGAGGCAGAGUCUGAAAAUGGGGUGGCCCUUGAUACAACUUCGGUUGGAAGAAGUAAAAUACCGUCAUCAUCAAUGGUAAGAACCCAGCCAACCCUUGAGCAAGAUUAUGUCCCCUGACUACACUUCAGUUUCUUUGCACAUUUCUCACUCUUAAUUUUCUAGAGAUGAUACCUUCGUUUUUAUUAUUAUUAUUCAAUUGGUUAUAGAAGAACUGUUGGUAAUUUGUGAUGAGUUGAGGCAUCGAUGCUUGAAACUGAAAUUUAUUUUCGAUUGCCAUUGGGCACAUGGUUCAAAACAUGAUUGAU